CGUCUGGUCUAAAGGGUUGUGAUUUAGCCUUUUACUAAGAUUCAAUAGAUGUGCAAUGGUUCCCUGUUUUAAGGAAAACAUUUAUUUUCGCCAAAUUAGUUUCUCAUAGCUAAAUACAUGUUCCGAGUUUAGGGUAACAUGAUUUGUUUCAUGCAUUUGAUACCUGCCUGUUACUGAUUUCACACCCAGCGUUCCGACUUCCGACCACGACAGCCUUUGUAGUGCGCGUCAAUAUUCCCGGAAGCGUGUUGUGCAUUGGACUUGAGCUGCCGCUCCCUCCUCGCCAUUCAGAGGCGCGUACUUCAGCGUAGCAGCAGCACCACCACGAAGACCAUGGCAGAGCACGAGCCUACCCCAGAGCAGCUGGCGGCCAUCGCCGCGGCCAACGAGGAGGCUGAGGGCGGGGUCAACUACAAGCCGCCUGCGCAGAAGAGCCUGCAGGAGAUCCAGGAGCUGGACAAAGACGACGAGAGCCUGCGAAAGUACAAGGAGGCCCUGCUAGGGAAUGCUGCCGUGGCUGCAGAUCCCAACGCUCCCAAUGUCCAGGUGACACGUUUGACCCUGAUGUGUGAGACGGCGCCACUGCCCCUGACCCUUGACCUACAGGGAGACCUGGAGUCCUUUAAGAAACAGUCGUUUGUCCUGAAGGAAGGCGUGGAGUACAGGAUAAAGAUCAGCUUCAAGGUCAACAAAGAGAUUGUGUCAGGACUGAAGUACGCCCAGCAGACCUACAGGAAAGGAGUCAAGGUUGAUAAGUCAGACUACAUGGUGGGAAGCUAUGGGCCCCGCCCAGCAGAGUAUGAGUUCCUGACCCCUCUUGAGGAGGCCCCUAAAGGCAUGUUGGCCCGAGGCACCUACAACAUCAAGUCCAAGUUUACAGAUGACGAUAAGCAUGACCACCUGUCCUGGGAGUGGAACCUCAACAUCAAGAAGGAGUGGAAAGACUGAGCCUGCGUCAGCCUAAUCCUCUCCAUCUUCCCAAUCCUCCCCCUCUUCUUUUUUUAUUCCUCCAAUUUGAGAUCCAUGUAUUCAUUAGGUAUUCAGAAUUGUGUUGUGAAGUAAUCAAGCAAAUUGCUCUCUCCGUCCAACCCAAUCCACCAAGGAUCGAAAAAUCCAGCAAGACACAGUUCAUGUUUCAGUUCCCAUGACAGUAAUGAUUCCAGUCAGUGCUUUUUCUUAUCCAACCUUAAAAGAAAAAAUUCACACACUGAUGCCUAAUAAUGGGGUAGGUUUGGCUGUAGACUAACUUGUUGGCUUCACAACAGAUCCAAUUCUGAAAUAUUUGUAGAAUUACAAUUUGGUAACAUAUGACAGCAAUUGAGCCAUUUUGUCUUUAUGAUCCCGGACCCCCUUCUUAGCCGACUCCUUGUGACGACGAGUACUGAAUAUGUGAAGAAAGCAAACAUUGUGCACAAUCAUUACUUUGUGUUUUAGUUUGUUUGUAUAUAAAAGUAAAAGAAAUAGAAGAAAAAUGAUAGCUGAGUUUUAAUGCUGGUGUGGAUGUUAUUGGUAAUCAGGUGAGCUCCUCCAUCCUUUUCCUGAUCAUUCUUCUUUCUCUUUUCUUUGUCUUUUUGACAUUCCUCUACCCCUGCCUUCCUGCUGAUUGUUUAAUAUGACCAUGAUUUGCCUUGUAAAGAGUUUUAAAGGGGGAUUUGCUGUGUGUUAAUGGCUGUUUAGGGCCAACACUUUACACUCACCUGGGGACAUUGCCCUCUCACCAAGGUUACGUUUGCACACGGUGCCCAGUUUCCUCACUUUUGAGUCAGCCUAAAGACUGUAGUGGGGAAAAGGGUCAGAUUUGGUCCUUCUGAAAGCAGUUUUGUACGGUGGAAAGCCUUUGAGAGCAUUCUAUGUAUCGGGGUCGGUGUUCGGAAACUGGUGGGAAUUCCAAACUAUUACAGGUGCCAUGAACAGCACUUACCUCAGACCCACCAGAGGCACUGUAACCCCUGAUGAAAGGUGAUUGUCCCUAAUCAGGGUGUUCUCCCAUUCACCCAGUUUGUUUAGCAACGAUGUCGCCUUAUUAAGGAUUCCUGUAGAACAGGGUUUCCCAACCCUCUGCUCAGUGGGGCAGUCCCAGGUGUUUCACAUAUGUCUGGUUUUAUCCUUAAACUGGUGAAAUGUCUUGUUUUUCAAAGAUUUGGUGAUUCGUUGACAAUUUGAAGCAGUAGGGAUAGUUCAUGGUUGAAACCUGGCUGUAGAAUCAACAAUGGACAAAAUGACCCACAUGAGAAUAGAACUCAGAUUUUUACGAGAGCCACUAGAGGUUUGAGUUAGAGUAUAAUCUGAUCUGGUAGAAUUUGAAGAGCCAUCGUGUUAAUCCAUGCAAUGAAACUAUUGUACUGCUACAGUCAGUGCUGUGUUGUAAGCUAAAAAAAACAAAACGUUUUGUAACAUCUAUACUCCAAAAGAACCUGCCCUGCGAGAAUGAUCAGUCAGUUUACAUUUCCUGCCGCA